UGCCACUGACCGAGUGAAUGCAGAGAAGAAAAAUCUCAGGUUCAGAACGGGAACCUGUAUUUAUAUAUGCUUGUGGAUCGGAACUAUUUCCAAACGAAAACCUCGGGGGACAAGAAGAACCAACGCAAAGGGGUAGAAAGUGAAGUGCAAGGAUGCCUUACGUACUCAUCAGCACACAAAUCCGACUGGAGACAGGUCCCACAAUGGUUGGGGAUGAAUAUUCAGAUUCAGCACUAAUGAACUAUUUAGGAGCCAGAAAGACUACAAUGCUAGGGAACAAUUUUUCGGAAUACCAUGUGGACGAGCCACCUCGAUUGAUUCUAAACAAGCUAGAGCAGGCUGGCUAUAGGGUGGUGAGCAUGACUGGGGUGGGCCAGACACUGGUGUGGUGUCUACACAAGGACACCCUAUGAACAACAUGGGGCGCCCUCACAGCCAACAAGAGCAAGGACCACAGAUUCUAAUUAGGAUGUCCUUUUACGUACCUUCAUCUCAAUGUCCCGUAAUAGUGAAGAGAAGCAUGUCUUCAAUUAUAAAUACUUUGUAAAAAGGUAGUACAGUCAUGCUUUCAAACACUUCCCAUGCAACAAAUAGGUCCAAAGAGUUUGAGAUGUUGUGAACUGUACCAUUUUAAUAUGCUCCCUUUGACUUUGUUCAUCCCUAUGAACUGUUAAGCUAUAUAUAUAUAUAUAUAUAUAUAUGUGUGUGUGUGUGUGUGUAUAUACCCAUAUUCCUUCGAAUUUAAGAUGCACUUUUUAACUUAAAUUCUUAAAUUCGAGUACAGUAGUGAUAUUAAAAUUGCUAACAAGACGUGACUACCCGAAUACUCAAACAGCAGCGUGACUGACUGCUGAGAAAAGACGAACCAAAAUGUUACUGCCUGACAUACAGGCAGCCAUUUUCAAAGAAGAGUCAUUAGCUUACGAAGGAAUUCACUGAGGAGCUUUUACAAUUUCAUCGUUUCUAACAAACAGUACCAUCUUGGACAGAUCAGAAAUGCUGAUCAGACUCCCGUAUUUUUUGACAUGCCAAGCAAUACCACAGUUCAUAAAUUGGGAGAAAAACAGGUGUGAGUAAUCACGACUGGAAAUGAGAAGCAGCACAUAACUAAUGCUCUGUGUGACAGCAGAUGGACGCAAACUGCAUCCAUAUGCGUAAUUGAGGUUGUAUCUUGAUAGAUGCAUAUUUAUUUUGUGUUUUAUUUUUUCCUCAAAUUGAGGGUGGGGAUUUUGGGCUGUGUCUUAAAUUCGAAGGAUACACAUACACACACACACACACACACAGUAUGUCUAGGAAAGCCACAUCAAUCCUGUAUGAAAGAUCACUUUACUCAAAACAGCAGUCCAGUGAACUAAUGAAAUAUAUUAGAAUACCUCAGGCCAUUUCUGUUUCUGUUUCAUUGGUUAUCUUUGUUAUUCUGUAAAAAGAGUUAGACUUUGUAGAAGCCAAUUCCUUUGUGCUGCACAUAUGUGUAAUAUGUGAGCUAUAAAACAGAUAAUGGCUUUGUUAUAUGGGCAGGUUUCUGAGUAUGGCACUGCUGUGUAGUAUUGGAUAGUGUUGUACUAUCUAUUUAUUUGCUACUUUUUUAGGACCCAAUUACUGAUUUUUAUAGUAAGGAAACAUGGGAAUACCGUUAUGUAGACUUUAUAUUCAGUGUGUUUACUGUGAAAAACUAACAAAGAAAAUAAAGAAAUGUGCAAUUUGUGGUAAAUAA